AUGGCGUCCAGGGCCCUCAAUCGCAAUCGUAAGGUCGUCGACCUCUCACGAGUCUGCUUCUUGCAGCAGCGAGCCAUUUCUACCGUUCCACGACCUUACAAACCGGCUGCCCCACUUCCAUCUCGAAGCAUCCCGAGGCAGGUUUCAUGUGUCCGGUCUAUCCCGGUGCGACAUGCAAGAUAUUCGUCCAGCAACUCUGCACCGCUGCUGAAGACCCCAUUGUACGAUCUUCAUGUCCGAUAUGACGGUAAAAUGGUUGAGUUCGGUGGUCACGCGAUGCCGGUCCAGUACGCCGACCAAGGGAUCGGUGAGAGCCAUAGAUAUGUCCGAGAGGCUUGUGGGUUAUUUGACGUAUCACACAUGGUGCAACACCAAUUCACAGGCCCGACGGCAGCUGCUUUCCUCGAGUCUAUAACCCCAUCAGAUCUUAAGUCGCUAGAACCGUUUUCAUCUACCCUCUCGGUGCUAUUACUGCCCACCGGCGGUAUCGUUGAUGAUACUAUUAUCACAAAGCAUGAUGAGAAUGCGUUCUAUGUUGUCACCAACGCUGGAUGCCGCGACAAGGAUCUUGCCUUCCUCUCAGAGAAGCUAAAGGAAUGGAAUGCACAAGCUGGAGAAGGAGAACAAGUUCGUCACGAUGUCUUGGCCCGUGGCUUAGUUGCAUUACAGGGACCAGAGGCAUCAAAAGUUCUCCAAAGCCUCUUGAAACCAGAAGAUGAGGCCUUGGAUUCCACAUUGUUCUUUGGACAAUCUAAAUUCGCUACAAUUACUGUCGAUGGAGAGGAUGUACCUAUACACAUCGCUCGUGGAGGGUAUACCGGAGAGGAUGGAUUCGAAAUCUCUAUACCUGCCGAGCAAACCGAACUAGUGGUUGAAGCAAUGCUUGACGCUGAGGAUUGUGUAACUAAGCUUGCUGGCUUGGGUGCAAGAGAUUCUCUACGGUUGGAAGCCGGAAUGUGUCUUUAUGGCCAUGACAUCGAUGAAAACACAACACCCGUUGAGGGAAAUCUUACCUGGCUCAUAGCGAAGAGCCGAAGGAAAGAUGCCAGUUUCCCCGGCGCAAGCACGAUCCUAAAGCAAAUUAAGGAAGGCCCUUCAAAGAGGAGGAUUGGCCUUAUUGUCAACGGAGCCCCCGCGAGAGAGGGCGCUAUAAUCAAGACUGCGGAUGGCGAAAAGAUUGGAGUUAUCACUAGUGGUUGCCCAAGUCCGACCCUAGGAAAGAACAUUGCUAUGGGUUAUGUGGAGGAAAAGUAUAAAAAGGUUGGGACAGAGGUUGUGGUUGAAGUCAGAGGAAAGCCUCGACAGGCUGUCAUCGCAAAAAUGCCGUUCGUACCAGCGAAAUAUCACAAAUCUGACGGUGGGUCUAGCUCAGAUUCUAGCUCUAGCUCUGGCCUGUUUAGCGCCUUUGCGACCGGUGCGAUCUUUGCCUCAAUUUUUGACUGA